AUGUCGGACGUUGAUGAAGCCGAUAAGAAUAUAGCGAUAUGGAAGAUGAAGAACCUUAUCAAGGAACUUGAAGCUGCAAGAGGCAAUGGUACCAGCAUGAUCUCUCUUAUUAUCCCUCCACGAGAUCAGAUUUCUCGAGUCACUAAAAUGCUUGAAGAUGAAUUCGAAACUACUUCAAAGAUGAAGAGCAGAGUGAAUCGUCAAUAUGUUUUAGGCGCCAUAACAUCUGCCCAACAGAGACUUAUGCGAUACAACAAGGUUCCUCCCAAUGGACUGGUGAUUUAUACAGGAACCAUACUUACUGAUGACGGGAAAAAGGAGAAGAAAGUUACAAAAGACUUUGAACCCUUCAAACCGAUCAAGGACUCCCUUUAUCUCUGUGAUAACAAGUUCCAUACAGAAGCUGUAAGUGAACUGUUGGAAUCUGAUGACAUGUUUGGUUUCAUUAUCAUGGAUGUUAACGGGACACUUUUUGGGACAUUGAGUGGCAACACAAGGGAAGUUGUACACAAAUUCACAGAGGAUUUACCAAUGAAACAUGGGCGAGGAAAGCAGUCUGGCUUUCCAUUUGCAGCUUUUCAUAUGGAGAAACGUCAUAAGUAUGUGAGAAAAACAGCUGAGCUGGCAACACAGCUGUACAUCAAUCCUGCCACUGGUCAAUCAAACGUUUCUGGUCUUAUACUUGCUGGAUCUGCUGGUUUGGAAACCGAUUUGAUGCAAUGUGACAUGUUUGAUCCUUGUCUUGGAGCUAAAAUCAUGAAUGUGGUUGCUGUUUCAUAUGGAGGGGAGCAUGGUUUCAAUCAAGCUAUCCAGUUGUCCUCUGAAGUUCUUCCUAAUCUGAAGUUUAUACAAGAAAAACGUUUGAUUGGAAAGUAUUUUGAAGAGAUGAGCCAGGAUAUGGACAAGUGUGUGUUUGGUGUUGAUGACACUUUGGAAUCUUUGGAGAUGGGUGCUGUUGAGAAUCUCAUUGUGUGGGAGAAACUUGAUGUUAAUCUGUACGUGCUUAAAAACAGUAGUUCAAGUGAAAUCACUACAAAGCAUUUGAACAAGGAACAAGAAGCUGAUCAAAGUAACUUUCGAGACCCCCAGACAAAUGCUGAACUUGAAGUUGAAGAAAAGAUGCCAUUGCUUGAGUGGCUUGCUAAUGAGUAUAAGAAAUUCGGAUGCACACUUGAGUUUGUGACAAACAAAUCCGAAGAGGGGUAUCAAUUUUGUAAGGGUUUUGGUGGAAUUGGUGGCAUACUUCGUUAG